AUCUUGGCAACCCUUCUUGCAAGCAUGCCAAGGAUGCGCGGCACAGUGAUCCUUCUCGCAGCAGCAGCCGUUUAUGGCCUCUAUGGCCAUUACGUUGGUGUCCAUGCAGGGGACACAGACGGCACAUGUGACGCUACCGGUGGGUCCACGUCUUGCGGCAUGCCGUCGGUCCUCGAGCGCGGACUGCUCCAACGCACCCCGUCCUACGAUUCCAUCCUCCAAGAAGAGAAACAGUAUGGUUCGGACGUCCUCACCAAGCGCUUCCACGGCGACACACUUGGCUACGUGACCCCUUGGAACAAUCACGGGUACAACACCGCCAAGCUCUUUCGAAGCAAGUUUACGUACAUUGCCCCCGUGUGGUAUCAGAUUCGGCACAACGACAAGCGAAAGCCAGCAUUGACUGGGGGCCACGACGUCGACUUGGAGUGGAUGACUGCUGUACGGGGAGACGACACGAGUGGUCCCCAGAUCGUGCCUCGCUUCAUGUUUGAGAUGAACUCGCUGUCCCCACAAGAAGCCGAACGCAUCAUCUCUUUGAUUCGCAGCGAAGUUAAGGAUCAACGCUUUGAUGGCAUCACCCUCGAGAUUCCAGUGUUAGGAGUCACUGUGGAAUUCAUUACGUCGCUGGGCCAAGCAUUGCAAUCGGACGGCUGCAUUCUCAUCCUCGUGCUGCCUACAAGCCAGCGCAACGGCCAACUGACCACGUCCACAGACCUGAUUGCCAAGUACGGACUGAACCAUGUCCAAAUGCUAGGAUUUCAUCCGAGUUGUUUCGCAAAGGGUGCUCCCGUCUGUGCAUCGGUUGUCUGUGAACGCAUACGACUACUCGACCACUGGCCCAAACUCUCCGCUGCCAUGGCUGAAAGCGACGCUCGAAGCGUUGAAGCCAUUCCAAAACAACGCCAAGUUUCUCAUGGGGUUGGCUUUCUAUGGUUACGACACCAAUGGCAAGCUCGUGAUGUAAAUAUGGGCAAUGUCGAUUGAGAGUGCUCCAUGUUAGAAGCAAUUGUGGCUUCCAAGUAUCGUGAACUGCUCGACGCCCAUCACCCUGCUAUCGAAUGGGAUGACUCGGCGCAUGAAUGUUAUUUCCGCUACCCUGUCAAGCAUAUCGUGUAUUAUCCAUGCCUGCAAUCGAUCCAAGACCGGCUGGACUUGUACUUGUCGGCGCAAACUGGGGCUGCGAUCUGGGACAUUGGACAAGGGCUCGAUUACUUUUUCGACCUCUUGUAGGUCCAAAGUGUGAGGGUUGUCUACCCAUUAAAAUACAUACCUGGUCUGCUAUUCUUAUACAAA